AUGUUCUAUCCUACAGAGAAUACAUCUUCCCCUCCAGUCUAUCGCAAGUUCUUAUGCUGUGGGAAACCAGAGCAAUCAGUAUUGAUUGGAGGGGAUAUUUGUGGCUUCAGUUAUACCCAGCUUGAAAAAUGGCUAAAACCAUUUAGUCCAGUUCCCUUUCGACAUAUUGUGAAGAAGCUGCAAAAUGGAUAUGGCCAUCUUCAUUUCGAUACACAGAUGGAAGCUGCUCAGUUCUACCAUGAAAUGAAUGGGAGGCUAUUUGAUGCACCGGAGGGUAGGGAUGGCAAUGUAAAGUUUUCUCAUGCCCUAUACUUCAAUUCUAAAAGACCAGUGGAGUAUGGGAAGGCAUUGGGCGUUGCCACAACUAAAAGAGAAAGAGCAACAAUGACGUCCCUGAUGGCAGAGGAGGUGACUGGCAACUCACCAAAACGGCCGCGAGACAGCAAGGAAUCUGCCACACGCGAACUUGGCGAAGACAGCAAGACUGGUAGCAAGUAUGAAUUUAACAAAGGCAGCAAAUCAUUGAAGCAGUCGCAGAACAGUAAGGCAGACGUCACAUAUGACUUGCCCGAAGGUAUUCUUGGCAGCUCCACUGAACAACCGCAAGAUAACAAGACCGACGUUGCGUAUAGGCUCUACGAAGACAGCCAAGCUUUCUGCAUAGUUUUGCUUACUCCGGGUAUCAAAGACAAAACCGAAUUUGAGAUUGCCGUUGCCGAUGACGAUCAAUUCAUAUCCAUCAAGGGGAAAUUUGCGAACAACUCAGCUUCCGGGAAGUUGAUCAUCGACUCGAUCCCUUCAGGGCCCUUCCAAGCUGAAAUUCCGCUGCCGGGGAAAAUCGACAUUUCCUGCAAUGUGGACGUCCGGAUCGAACAUGGGGUAACCAGAAUGUUUUUGAGAAAAGCUCAAGCUCGAAUCGCAAAGAAAACAGUGUUGCAAAUUGUUUAG